AAAAAGGAGUAGGUCUUCCUCCGUCGCCAGUCUGGAUAAUCUCAUCUUCCUCCAUUAACUAAGGGGCUGUGUACGUUUCUACGGGAGUUCUUCUUUUGUUUUUUUGUUUUUUUUUUUUGUUUUUAAAUUAUUUUUUAUUGUAAAAAGAGAGAAUUAUCUCAUUAAUUAAUUAUAUUCUUAAAAUUUUAAAAUUUUAUAAUUAAAAAUAAAUAGAAAAGGAGUGGGCUCCGUCCUGAGUACGCGUACAAGUUGAAGUAGGUGUGGUGGUAUUAGGCGUGAGUGGUGGCGGAGUUGUUGGGGAAUUGGUUGUCUCAAAGUGCGCACUUCACCACCACUCGCACGCUAGCAACCUUCCUUUCCUUUUCCACUCACUCACUUCCUGGUGGUUGCCACCACCCCUCGUCUUAACUACACCUCACCCACUUUUUCCCACCCAACAAUGAUACCCACCGCCACCGCCACCACUACCAUUAACCUCAUCCCCUCUUUUCUAACUUACGCCUCUCCUCCUCUUUUCUUCCACCCAAUUCCCAAUCUACCGCCCCUUCCUUGCACAAUCCUCCUCCGCCAUGUCAACCACCACUGAUUCCAUUCCCCGGCGGGUUCCUCCUCCGUGUUGGACCCAAGAAGAAACUAUUGCUCUAAUUGAAGCAUAUCGGGACAAAUGGUAUUCAGUCAACCGUGGCAAUCUCCGGGCUGCCGAUUGGGAUUCCGUGGCGGCUUCCGUGGCUGAUUCCUCCACCGCCGACCCGCCCAAGUCUUCCCUGCAGUGCAGGCAUAAGAUCGAGAAGCUCAGGAAACGGUAUCGAGCGGAGAAGCAGAGGUCCCUUAACCAUCCAGGUCGGUUUUUUUCUUCUUGGGACUUGUUUCCUUUAUUGGAUUCGAUGGCAAUUGGGUCUGCUGGACCCAAGCCAUGCCAAGAUAUCGAUGAAGAGAAUGAUAUUGGAGAUGGGUUUCAAGUGAAAACGCUGGGGAAUAGGUAUUUGGUAACAUCAAACAAAUCAGCCAAUAUUGAUCAGGAUUUCGACGCAGAUUUUGAUUCGGGUUUGGAUUCAGAUUUGGCACUUAGAGCUAGGAAAUGUGGCAGGAUUGGGGAGGAUUCUAACUCGAAUGUUUCUCGUGCUUUGGGAAAUGGGUUUUCUCUGAAACCGGUUAGUGAUAUUAAUUCGGUGUCUGUGGCAUUUAGGCCGAAGGAUUAUGGAAGAGUUGAUGUGAAACUCAAGUCUGAUAUUGACUUUCACUGUGAUUAUGAAGCUGGCGUUUGUAUGCAAGUGGAAAAAACACAGUGUAGGAGCUUCCAGCCUCAGGGAUCUAGAUCGAAAGGUUAUGGCAAGAUUGUUGGUGAUUCUAGCCCUAUCAAUAGAAAUAUUGGUGAAGGUGCUGAUACCUAUAUUGGGUUUCCAGUAAAAACCCUAGGUGAUGUGCCUUCAGGGUUUAAGCCAAAAAAUUAUAGGAAUAUUGAUAGGAAAUCCACCCCUAAUUUUGGUAAUGAUGUUCACUACACAAGUGAUAAAGUAAAUAAGUUUGGGGAAAACGUUAUCAAUGGCUGGGUAUCACCACCCCCAGGGUUUAGACCAAAGAAGAAUUGCAAGAUUGAUGGGAGCUUGAAGCUUGAUGUUGAUUCUAAGCUUUUGAAUGUGUUUGGGAAUGUCAAGCAAGGGGACAUUGAAGUUGGUGGCAAGAAAGUGAUGGAUCCAAUUGCAGAGGUUGUAUCAGCAAUUAAGAUGUCAACAAAAAGUUUUUUGAAGGUGGAGAAGAGAAAAAUGGAAAUGGCAAUGGAAAUUGAGAAAAUGAGGAUGGAUAUGUUGUUGAAGCACAACCAGAUGAUACUGGAGUCACAGCAACAAAUUGUAGACGCAUUUGCCAAAACAUUUUUGGAAAAGAAGGAGAAGAAGAGGAGGUUGUCACCUUAUCAAAACAAAAAUGGAGACUCUCAAGUUGCAGCAACAGAUUGUGAAAGCAUAGGCAGAAGUGGAAUUUUGAAAGAAGAAUGCGAAGGUGCUUUCACUUGACUGUCAGAUCUGGAACAAUCGAAGUUUUGGAGAUUGGGGAUUUUCUUGGUGGCCUUCCUUUAUUUUUAAUUCCAUUUUGGUACAUGAGGGAUUAUUCCACAGUACACGCUAACAAAUCCUGCGUAAACCUUUCAUUCAUGUAGCAGCUGAAUACUAAUAAAUUAGCAAUCUUUUUCAUUGGUAAAUAUCAAGAACAGUAAAAAGGAAUGAUUUUUUUUUUCUUUUUUUCUGAAUGUAUCUACAAACCUUCAUUGUUUAGGUAAAGCUGAUUGGUUCAAUUAUGUCCUUGUUCAUGUCUGUCUAAUUUAUCUCAUUUGCAUAACUUUUCUUAACUUCUGGGCCUGGUGACUAAUAUUCUAUGAGUGCGAGGUGAACUUUUGAAGCCUUGCUGGGCGCGGUGAUGAUAGGAAGAACAAGAUGGAAAUUUGCAUCGAGUUGCCAUGAUGGAUGUGGUGAAACAAGAAACCGAACAAAUGAUUUCUUAAACCUCCAAAUUCUGGCAAGUGGAAAUCAAGAUAUAAAUGAUAUGCUUCCAGGAUUCCCUCUGAAAAGAAAACAAAAAUUCCUCUCUCUCUGAUGUAUGCUCCACCACUUGAGGGGUUGAAGUUCAUUUUGUUAGUUUCCCUGAAAUUUCAGGCAAAACAAGUUAAUGGUUAACUGUUAUUGAAUUAGAACCAAGAGAAGCGAAAAACAUGGUCGAAAUUGUUAAUAAACAAUGGUCGAUGGAAAUGAGACAUUUCAUGCUUUCUCUUUU